GGCAAGGUAGCGAAGAAGGCGAGUGGCUCGGUCAAGAAAGCUCUCAAGCGCGCGAAGCAUGGAGAUAGGCAAGAUCAGCAGGCCAGACCAGUCAAAGGCGCAACGGGAGACAGACCGGCUGCAGCACAGCCAGUCUCGAAGACCGAUGAUGAGGUACCAGUUGCGAAAGCCCCGAAGAAAGACAAGAAGAAGCACAAGCAUGAAGUUGCACGGCACAUCUCGCAAGACGUCAACACUGGGAGCGAGAAAGCAGCAAGCCAGGUUGCGCAGACUGCUCCUCCGCCAGUCCCGCCGUUCCCAGCACAAGCGAAACUCACGCCCAUGCAAGCAGCGAUGCGGCAGAAGCUCGUAUCUGCCCGCUUCCGUCACCUCAAUCAGACGCUCUACACAGCACCUUCCGCCACCGCAUUGAGUCUCUUCGCGCAAAAUCCGGAAAUGUUCGAAGACUAUCAUGCUGGCUUUCGGCAACAGGUCUCCGUCUGGCCGGAGAACCCAUUAGACAGCCUCAUUGAAGUCAUUCGUAAUCGCGGCAAGGUGAAGCUACCAAAACAUAACGAUCGGAAGGGCAAAAGCAAACCGUCUGGCAAUGAGUCUCUGCAGCCUCUCCCACGCACUCAAGGCAUAUGCGUGAUAGCUGAUUUAGGGUGUGGCGACGCCCGCUUGGCACAAACACUCAGGCCUGAAACCAGCAAGCUCAAUCUAAAGAUACAGUCCUUUGACUUGCAUUCGCCAUCCCCACUCGUGACUAAAGCUGACGUUUCGAAUCUGCCAUUGCCGGACGGAGCCGUCGAUGUUGCGAUAUUCUGCCUAGCCUUGAUGGGUACGAAUUGGAUCUCCUUUAUUGAGGAAGCCUACCGAAUCUUGCACUGGAAGGGCGAACUUUGGAUUGCGGAGAUCAAAUCGCGAUUCGGUCGAGUCGGUGGCGGCAAGGGAAAGGUUGUAGAGCAUAGCGUAGGUUCUAAGCGGAAAGCUGCCGCUGUGAAGAAAGUGAAGGAUGCGAAGGAGAAGGAGGACGAGCAAAUCGACGAGCAUACCGCGUUGAGGACGGAAGUCGAUGGGGUGGAGGCGAAGAGGGAUGAGACGGAUGUCGCUGCUUUCGUUGACGUCUUGAGGAGGAGAGGUUUCGUGCUUAAGGAGGGCAAAGGUGGCCUUGACCUUGGCAAUAAGAUGUUCGUGAAGAUGGAGUUUGUCAAGGCUGCUACGCCGUCAAAGGGCAAGGGCGCCGUUGCUUCCACGACUCAGCCGCAGCAGGGUAAGAAGAGAUUUGUGGAAGCGGUAGAAGACGAGGUGGCGACGGAGGAUGAGGCGAAAGUGCUCAAGCCUUGCUUAUACAAGAUCCGAUAG